AUGUAUCGUUCGGAAAAAAUUCUUAGAUUCAUUUGCCCUCACUUGCUCUACUUCAAGAGUAGGAGGAGAUACAGCCUCAGCAAAAAGUCAGUGAAGGACGGGGAAUUUGAGAUCUUGCUCAAGAUCAUCAAGUUGACUGGUGACAAGAUUUGGUCCCUUUUAGAGCAGCUUCGUGAUCCAGAAAUCCACGCUACUAUCCGAUGA